AUGUCCGUGGAGAAUUUUGGGAUUUUUUGGGGGGCUGAUCCAGGACUGAAGAAGCGCACCAGGAAGGCCUUUGGCAUACGCAGGAAAGAGAAGGACACUGACUCCACAGGGUCGCCAGACAGGGACGGCAUCAAGAAAACCAAUGGAGCCCCAAAUGGAUUUUAUGCAGAGAUCGACUGGGACAGAUAUAACUCCCCUGAGCUGGAUGAGGAGGGAUACAGCAUCCGACCCGAGGAACCAGGAUCUACCAAAGGAAAGCACUUCUACUCCUCCAGCGAGUCGGAGGAGGAGGAGGAGGCGCACAAGAAAUUCAACAUCAAGAUCAAGCCCCUGCAGGCCAAGGAUGUCCUGCGCAGCGCCGCCACCGUGGACGAGCUCAAGGCCUCCAUUGGCAACAUUGCACUUUCUCCAUCCCCCGUGAGGAAAAGUCCGCGGCGCAGCCCGGGGACGAUCAAAAGGAAUUUAUCCAGUGAGGAGAUCACGCGGCCCCGGCGCUCCACGCCCACGCCAGACCCCGCCAGCAAGAAGGCCGGGGAGGAUCCAGCAGCGCUGGCCCCGCUCUUCGGGCCCCCGCUGGAGUCGGCCUUUGAGGAGGCCAAGCUGGAAGCUGCUCUGGACCAGCCUGAGAUAUGGGGGUCAGUCCAGCCCAUCAACACAAACGUAGAGUCCCCAAAACUUCCAAGACCUUUCCCAACUGGAACCCCUCCGCCGCUCCCCCCGAAGAACAUCCCGGCCACGCCGCCGCGCACCGGCUCCCCCCUGCCCCCGGCCAUCGGAGGGGACCAGGCAGCAGCAGCAGAGCCCAAACGGGACAAACUCCCGUCCAUCAAUGACUUGGACAGCAUUUUUGGCCCCGUGCCGUCCCCCAAAUCUGCUGCUGCCACCGCGGAAGACAAGUGGGUCAAUUUUUCCGAUCAAUCCCCGGAGAACGCGCCUCCGGAGCUGUCGCCCCGGGACAAGGCGGGGUCCCCGGCGGGCAGCCCGGCCAGCGCCCCGGCCGAGCCUCCCCGCCCGCUGCCCUCGCCGCUGCAGCUGGAAGACGCUCCCAAGAAGCUCCCCGAGCAGCAGCCCCACGUUAAGGACGAUUCGGCCGAGCCCGUCGCCUCUCCCAAAGAUUUUGGGCCGGGCCAGAGAGGGACCCCGCCGCCCCCUCCGCCGCCCACGUACCGCGCCGUGGUGUCGUCGCCCGGACCGGGCGCCAGCACGGGAAGCGCCAGCGGUACGUGCUGAGCUCGGGUGUGCUGCCGUGUGGCCCCGGUGCCCCUCCCGCCUGGCUGUGUCCCUGCGGCCGUGCCCUGCUGCCCGCCCGUGUCCUGCGCCUCCCGUGUGCUUCCCUCCCUCCCUGUGCGCCUUUCCCGGAGCCUUUCCCGGAGCCCUUCCCGCCCCAAACCGGGCACGGGCUUGGUGUCCAGGCCUUUUAGCCCUCCCAUCCACUCCUCCAGCCCUCCUCCGAUAGCACCUUUAGCCCGUGCUGAAAGUACUUCUUCCAUUUCUUCCACCAAUUCCCUGAGUGCAGCCACCACUCCCACCGUUGAGAAUGAACAGCCUUCCCUCGUUUGGUUUGACAGAGGAAAGUUUUAUUUGACUUUCGAAGGCUCGUCACGGGGCCCCAGCCCCCUGACCAUGGGGGCACAGGACACCCUGCCCGUGGCCGCCGCCUUCACCGAAACCGUCAACGCGUACUUCAAAGGGGCUGACCCCAACAAGUGCAUCGUGAAGAUCACGGGGGAGAUGGUGCUGUCCUUCCCGGCGGGCAUCACCCGACACUUCGCCAACAACCCCGCCCCGGCCGUGCUCACCUUCCGCGUGCUCAACUUCAACCGGCUGGAGCACGUCCUGCCAAACCCCCAGCUGCUCUGCUGUGACAGCGUGCAGAGUGACUCCAACUCCAAGGAGUUCUGGGUCAACAUGCCAAAUCUGAUGACUCACCUAAAGAAGGUAUCGGAACAGAAACCUCAAGCCACCUAUUACAAUGUGGAUAUGCUCAAAUACCAGGUGUCUGCCCAGGGUAUUCAGUCUACUCCAUUAAACCUUGCAGUGAGCUGGCGGUGUGACCCUGCAAGCACUGACCUGCGCAUCGACUACAAAUACAAUACAGAGGCAAUGACCACGCCUGUAGCUCUAAACAACGUCCAGUUCCUCGUCCCCGUCGACGGAGGAGUAACCAAACUGCAAGCUGUGCUUCCUCCUGCUGUCUGGAAUGCUGAACAGCAAAGGAUAUUGUGGAAGAUCCCUGAUAUCUCUCAGAAGUCAGAAAAUGGAGGUAAAUAUUUGGCGGAUAACUGAUGGAAGCUUAUGCAAGUCCAUGGAAAAUACUAUGGAAAAUACCCAAGGACUGCUGUGCGUGGAACGGGUUUUAAUUACAGUUUAAGGAAAAUGAACUAAAUCCUGCACUCGGGACAUUUCUGUUGGAAGUGUCGACAACUUUCAGCAUUUUUUUUCCUUGGAAAACACCGUCUUGACCAGUCCUCCAGUAUUUACUUCUAGAUGUAACAUUGUUAAUGGUUUUAAAAUGUAAUUAUUGUAUUUGUAAAUUGUACUCAUUCCAGUAAGGCUGUAUUUUGGCAGUUAGACACUUGAGUUUUAGCAUUUUACCAUUCAUGAAAUGGAUGUAAUUUAAACUGUGGUAUAUAAAUCUAAUAGUAGUACUGUUGAAUGGCACAAUGCUUACAGAGGUAGAUUGCAUUUUGUCAAUAUAUACAAUUUAAAUACGAUACUGGUAGCUGUUAUGAAGGGGGUGCCUCAUCAAAAGAGAGUUCAGUAGGGCCCACAGGCUGAUUUAAUUUUCCUUCAGUCCUUCGUACGUCUCACAGCAAUCAAUAAAAACCUUCAGGUUUAGCUGGUUUAACUCCAG